UUUUUUCUUUUUCUCUGCUUCUUUGGAAAUAAAGUUUUUUUUAUCUUAAAGGGUGGGGAGGGGAGUGAAAUGAAUCAAAUGUGAUGGGAAGUGGAGUUUCCACGCUCUGCCCUUGCUUUAAUCCGGUGACAAGCCGGUCGAACCGGCAGCCGGACAAUCAACCGGACUUGAUCUUCGCAUCAUCAGAGCCGUUGGAUGAAACCCUAGGCCACUCCUUUUGUUACGUUCGAUCUUCCAAUCGUUUCCUCUCUCCGACUCCUUCCGAUCGUUUCGUUUCUCCUUCGCACUCUCUACGUUUCUCUCCGCCGCACGACCCGAAAACCCGAACCGGACCCGAAACUUUGUUCAAAGCCAUAUCCGGAGCCUCGGUGAGUGCUAAUACGUCGACUCCCAGAACUGUUCUCCAACUUGACAAUAUUUACGACGAUGCCACUGAGAAUACCCUUGGUUACGGCGUCAAGAGCAGUAUUGUUAGCGGGAAUGGCUUCGAGAGCACGUCUUCGUUUAGUGCCUUGCCGCUGCAGCCGGUGCCACGUGGCGUAGCUCAUGUCCCGAUGGAGCGGGGCGGGUUCUUUAUGUCGGGUCCGUUAGAGCGCGGGGCGGUGUCAGGUCCACUGGAGGCCAACCCGGGUCCCGAAGGGAGAGUACAUUUCUCGGCACCGUUGGGUGGCAUUUAUGUGAAAAAGAAGAGGAAGAAAGGCAUUACGGGGAUUUUGAGAAAUUUCUCCGAGAAGAAACGGCCGUGGGUGGUUCCGGUGUUGAAUUUCGUCGGAAGAAGGGAGAAUUCCGAGGAGGCGGAGGCGGCGGCAGUGGUGGAGGGGAAGACCGAGGGGGAUGUGCAGUGGGCGUUGGGGAAGGCCGGGGAGGAUCGGGUCCACGUCGUUGUUUCGGAGGAGCAAGGGUGGUUGUUCGUUGGGAUUUAUGACGGGUUUAAUGGGCCGGAUGCACCCGAAUUCUUAAUGGGUAAUCUUUAUCGAGCUGUUUUCCAUGAACUCCAUGGUCUUUUUUGGGAACUUGAUGAAGAAACCGAAAAUGAAGGUGAAAAUAAAACGAACGCACCUGACUUAAUAAUUGCUACAGAUAGUUCAAAUAAAACUGAUACUGAAACUGAGAAUCAGCAGAAGUCUGUUGAGGAGGUUAAGAGUGCGGGGGAGGGUUUAAUUGGGGAGAAUGAAUCGAGUGGAGUGGUACAAGAGAGGACGAGGAGGGUAACGUUUGAAUCAGAGGGGACUGAGAUUAGGAGGAGGAGGUUGUGGGAGUUUCUAGCUGAGGAUGAUCCAGAAGAUGGGUUAGAUCUUUCAGGGUCUGAUAGGUUUGCAUUUUCCGUGGAUGAUGCAAUUAGUGUAAGUAAAGAGGGGACUGCGGUGAGUAGGAGGUGGUUAUUAUUGUCAAAAUUGAAGCAGGGGUUGUCGAAGCAUAGAGAUGGGUCAGGGAGUUUGUUGUUUCCAUGGAGGUUUGGGUUGGAAGAGAAGGAGAAGGUUGAGGAGGUAGGUAAUAGAGUGGAGGAGAGGGUUCAAGAAACUGGGAGGAGAAGGAAAGAAGGUCCGGUUGAUCAUGAAUUGGUUUUGAGGGCGUUGUCGAGGGCUCUGGAAGUGACUGAGCUAGCAUAUUUGGAUAUGACAGAUAAGGUGCUUGGAACGAAUCCAGAGCUUGCAUUGAUGGGUUCGUGUUUGUUGGUGGUUUUGAUGAGGGAUGAAGAUGUGUACGUGAUGAAUGUGGGGGAUAGUAGGGCAAUUGUUGCACAGUAUGAACUGGAGGAAGUUGGUUCCAGUAUGGAGGGAAGAAAGCGAGAGGAAAAUGGAUCAAGCAUGGAGGGUAUAGUGGAGGAGACACUGGCAAUUGGUGAAAAGGCAAUUAAGCCAGUGAGCGAGGCUCCUCCUCAGCCCAUGAGAUUGACUGCAUUGCAGCUGUCAACUGAUCAUAGCACAAGCAUUGAAGAAGAAGUCAUAAGAAUAAAGAAUGAGCAUCCAGAUGACAGCCACUGCAUUGUCAAUGACAGAGUGAAAGGUCGACUUAAAGUAACUAGAGCAUUUGGUGCAGGAUUUCUGAAAAAGCCCAAGUUGAAUGAUGCAUUAUUGGAGAUGUUUCGAAAUGAGUACAUUGGUACUGCACCAUAUAUAUCCUGCUCACCUUCUAUUUGUCACCAUAGACUUUGCCCAAGGGAUCAAUUUUUAAUCCUCUCUUCUGAUGGAUUAUAUCAGUAUCUGAGCAAUCAGGAAGUGGUUUCUCUUGUUGAGAGUUUUAUGGAGAAGUUUCCGGAUGGAGACCCUGCACAACACUUGAUAGAGGAGCUUCUUUUCCGUGCAGCCAAGAAAGCUGGCAUGGAUUUCCAUGAAUUACUGGACAUCCCGCAAGGGGAUCGAAGAAAGUACCAUGAUGAUGUUACUGUCAUGGUGAUAUCGCUGGAGGGAAGAAUUUGGAAGUCAUCAGGAAAGUACUUAUGAAACUCUUCACAUGCUGGACUCACACCAAGCAAUUUCCUUACACCAAGAGACUGAGAUCUCAGAAGUUUAAAUUCUGAAGUCCAGUUCUUCGCAAAGCACUGGGGAAAGUGGGUGCUGGCCCAUUUUUCGUGGGUCUGAAGGGGAUUAUUUCGGUCAUACAUCACAAGCUUACACAGUUGAUAGCAGUAAGUCCGGAUGAUACCAGCGAAGACUAAUGUUAGGUAGUCAUCAGGAGUUGAGUAGAUGCCUGAAAUUUUUGUUUCAGGAUAAAAGAAAGCGAAAAUCUGCAGAUGCCGUCACCAGGAAAUGCUCUUUAGGGACAGAAAAGAAGGAGAUAAAAUUUUUUUUCGCAUUUUCCUUAUUUUUCCUUUAAAGACAUUUUCUUCCUUAAGAGGAUUUUGCAUAGGCGGAGGCUCUUUCAAUUCUAGAUGCCUUCUUCUUUAUCUUCUCUCUCUUUUAGAGCCAAAAAGACUAAAAAAGAAAAUAGUUUCUGUAAUUUGGUGGGGGGAUACAAAUAUUAGACAUAGUUACUGAAGUUGAGCAUUUCCUCGUCCAAAGUGAGCAUCUGUAAUUUUGAAGGUGGAUUUCGACCAAUGCGGUUCACAAUA